AUGGCAGCCGCCAUCCGUAGUUGCUUAAUCCAAUGGUUGGAUGCAAGCACUGCGGUACAUGAACUUGAUAAUUUCAUCAGGCAACAUGCUGCCACGUUCGAUGACUCUGAAGAGCAGAGACAUCUUUGUUUCGAGGUUUUUCAGCGUUAUGAAGGUCUCGUUGAUCGACUUCUCAACGAAUUUUUGGAGGAGCAUCGUCGGGACGUUCAUUUGGCUGGCAUAGACGGUGGUGCUGCUUCUGUACGGAGACUCUUGGCUGUGUGCCAGGAGGAAGGCGCGUGCGCUGCUGGCAGCCCGGAACAGCGCAUCUUGGACUCGUCGCUGCUCAGGAUUACCACAUAUCAGGACUAUGUUCGGAUUUCCCUUGACUUCAAACGUGCUGCUGAAGACCAGGCAGCACAGAUGUUGCAGCGCCUAGCCGUGCAGGUGGCAGGAGGAGUGGCAAAGACACUUCCACAUGCGCGGCUGGAAUCGCAAGGGCCUUCCGAGCCUUGCGACUUCCUGCCACCCAAACGCCAGGAGCAGGCCCAGUCCAGUUCAGCCUCGUCAAUGGAUCUCCAAGUAGGCAUUGAGGGACAAGAAUAUUGGCGCGAUGCCAUCGCAAAGGACCGGGCACUGCCAGCUGCUUUGAGGUAUGGAAACUUCAAGCCCACUGACGUGGCCAGUGAUGCGAAAGCCUUGCCUGGCUAUGGUGGUGAAGUUCAAGGAUGGGCUGACUACAAGUUUGCCGUCCAAGCCAUUGAGGCGAAAGAGUCCCAGAUCUCGGAUAGUGAGCGGAAGAAACUUGGUAGCAAAGAAAGUUGGAGUGACAAAACUGGCCGAGCCGACAAGACGCUGAUGGAAGCACUGGAAAAGCAACUUUUGCCUUUGAAACGGCAAGCUGCUUUAGGGCUCUACAACGCCGGGAUGAAAGAUGGACUUCUUUCCGGCAACAAGGAGAACCAGUGUCGUGAAGCCUGGUGGAUUCAGCUGUGUGAGAUGGAUGAGGGCAUUCAGUGCUCUGAUGGGGGACUGUUUGCCAAAAUGACUUGA